AUGAACUCCGAACAAAUUUUGGCGAGGAUCCCGAAACAAAAGACUGGUACCAUGAGCAAUCCCAACUUGUACGCUGUUGGAGUUUCCAAACAUGGGGCCAUCCAUUUCCACUUAGAAAUAGAGGGAGAAUUGUACGUGACAACACUUCGAGUGAGAUCGACAGCGAAAUCUAAGAACACAAGGGUUAUCCGCUGCAUCCACAAGAAAUGCCUUUCAGUAAUCGCCAUCAAGUUUCCUGAAUAUUUCACUGGUCCGUGCCUUGAUCACAAGUCAUACUGGGAAUUCCUGAGGGACAAUCACAACGAUCUCUCUGAUUUCAAGUUCAUCCUUUUCAAUCAUUACAAGCACAUCCACACCUGCACACCAACUAAAUUUGAUGUGAAAGAAUAUGAUCUCUACCCGCGACCUGUGGACGGCGAUGAAAGUACAAUCAGGGGAACGCUUACGAUUCCACAAUUUCCCAAGAACCCGAAGCGCUUCGACAAAUGGGACUAUCACCCGGAUGCUAAGCGUCUACGCGUUCACGACGAAAUGACGCGCGGACCAACGCAAGAGUAUGUCGAGCUCGAACACCAGGCCAAUAACAACGACAACUUGCAGCAGAACUUCAUUGACCAUGCAAAAGUUUCAGGGAUUCCAAGAAGCUUAGAAUAUACCGACACGCUAACUGGAGAGAUUCAGAUCAAGAUCUUUCAUCCCACAGCGUCCCUUGAAAAGAGUCCUGAAAGUCCAAAAAUCAACGAUGACACAGCUUUAACUAUCCUGGUUCAAGAAAGUGUCAAAGAAGAGAUCAAAGCCGAAGUUAAGGAAGAGCCCGUUGAAAGAAUCUUGACAGAGAACAUCAUCUACGACUUUCAGCCGACCAAAACUGAAAUAAAAGAAGAGCCAGUUCUUGAUGAGGACGAGUUUGACUGUUUCUUCUGA